AUGGGGUGCGUAACCUCCGUCGAGGCGCGGCGCGACAUGGUAUGGGUCGGCGCCGAACCCCGGGCGCGCCGGAGCUUCUCGCUGCCCUCCGUCGACCGGCAGCGGCUGCGAUCAAGGGCCGUGUCGAUGCUGGGCACCCUCGGCCUCGCCGGCAGCGCCCGGCACUCCGGCUCGUACAAGUACGCGACCCUCUCGGUGGAGGAGAUGAUGAAGGGCGUCAAUGACCGCGCCAAGGACGACGCGCUCCCCGGCGAGGUCUCGGCGAAGCGGCUCGCGAAGCCCAGGACGCCGACGCUGACGCCGCCCAACGAGCCCGAGGUGAUCAACGCGUGGGAGCUGAUGGCAGGGCUCGAGGACGACGCGGCGCCGGCGCCGACGCCGCGCGCCGUGCACCAGAGCUUGUCGUUCGACGAGUCGCUGCACGGGUGCGUCGUGGCGGAGCCGCCGCCGCCGCAGUGGAUGCAGGCUGACAUGGACAUGCCACCCGUCGCCUUGGACUUUGAUCCGGAGAUACUGUCCGGAUUCCGGGAGGCUCUAGAGGACACGCCGCCGUCGCAGCCUACAGUUAUCUCCUCCGCGGAGGACGAGACACCAAGGCAGCACAAGUGCCUUGACAAGCCAAUGUCACCGGCCACCGGCGACAUGCCGGAGCUUUCCGGCAUCGUCCGUACCCGCAUCAACGCGUUCCAAGAGAAGAUCGAACGGCGGCGAAGCAAGGGCUGCGACAACAAGGUGUCGCCUCUGUGGCCGCCGGGGGGCGAGCGGAAGGCGGUGGUGUACUUCACGAGCCUCCGCGGCGUGCGCAAGACGUUCGUGGACUGCUGCGCCGUGCGCAGCAUCCUGCGCAGCUACGGCGUGCGCGUGGACGAGCGCGACGUCUCCAUGCACGCCGUCUUCAAGGCCGAGCUCGCGGAGCUCCUCGGCCAGGGCUUCGCCGGCGCCACGCUGCCUCGGGUGUUUGUCGACGGGCAGUACAUCGGCGGCACGGAGGACGUGCAGUACUUGCACGAGGCGGGUGAGCUCGGGAGCGCCCUGGGCGGGUGCGAGGCCGCGCCCCAGCGGAAGCUCGGGUACAUGGAGGCGUGCGCCGCCUGCGGCGACGUCCGGUUCGUGCCGUGCGAGACGUGCUACGGCAGCUGCAAGAUCUUCGUCGAGAAUGACGACGCCGGCGACAGGUAUCACGACGUCGGCGAGUUCCGGCGGUGCCCCGACUGCAAUGAGAACGGCCUCGUCAGAUGCCCCGUCUGUUGCUGCUGA